CUAAAUGCAUUGUGGGUAGAACAUGGGGUGACUUGCAUAAGGUUGGUCUGCUGGAGCGGUGGAUGUGGUGUGUGAGCCGGUGCUCGGUCCUGUCGCUGGCCGCCUCCCCGCCCUCAUGCAGCGGAUCAGCGGCCUCGCUGUUCGCCCGGAGCUCCGCGGCUUCGCUGCCUCCGGAGUCCGGAGCGGAAGCCGCGGCUCGAUCUGCUGCAGGCAGCCGGCUGUGGAUCUACACCGGAGGGGACAGUGGAGCGCUCUGUGUGCCCGGCCUUCUAUCGCAGCAUCCGGACAGAUAAGCUCCAGGCGGAGCGUCCUGUUUGCUGGAGAGAAAUGCAGACUGUUCAGCUCCCAGGCUGGAGCCGAGGGGCCGCCGGGGGGCCCAGGUCCCGGGCCCCACAUCUCUGUGAUCGGCAUCCCAGACCCGCUCACCUGGAUCCGCUGCAAAAUCAUAACGCUGCUGAUCGAUCUUUACUUUGAGGUGGACAUAAACUCUGCAGACUUUCAGAAAGGAGUGAAGCAGGCGUUGGUUCAGGUUUCCAGUAAGAUGUCCAGCGGCAGAUACCAUGAACUGAAAGGGCUUGUGAGCGAUGAGAUGAGGGAAUAUGUGGAGGAGAAGUGCAAACCUCUCACUAAGGCUCAGAGGAAGCAGCUUGCUGUCAACAUGGAGGACAUCAUAUUUUUGCUCCCCGAGGACAUCUCGGUGGUCUUUGAUGAGCAUGGGAGGAAGUUCUGUUUCGUCGUCAUGAGGUUUUGGCUCGUGUCGUCGCACGAGGGUCCUGACGACCCAGAGGGCACCAAAAUCUUCAAGGUGGCCUCAAGCGAAGACGGGAAUCCCCACAAGAAACUGGCAACUGCUGUUUAUGAAUUCCACGGAGAGCUAAAGCCAGGGGUCUCUCCUGAUUGGACGGUAACUACGGUCUGGCACUGGCACUGGAAAGCUGCUGAGUGAGUUCCCAGGAUGCAACGGGACGACCGCCUGCUGAAUUUACAAUGUUUGAAGGAGCAGAUUUCACUCAUGGGAGAAAAGACUUAAAGCUCAGAUGCUCUCAGAACUCAGCAGAACAUUCAGCCAUGGCUGAGAAGUAUGGUGACACUUUUUUUCCCCAAUUCAUUAAGGUUUUACCUUAAAGAACAAUAAAUAUGAAUUGUUUGAUUGGUAUAAAAUUAGGUUAAUAAAAAACCCAGGCCAACAAGUUUGGACAUAUAACACCGUUCCAUCGUUUUGGGUGGAAGAAGUAAAAUGUUGCAAAGCUAACAUGAUGCCAUGUUUUCUCUCUUUUGGCAUUGUGACGCUGUUGUUGCUCAUCACUUCAGCAAGGGUUCAGACGGGUGCUGAAAUCUUUGCUAUCUUCUUUCUUAGCAAAUGAAAAAUGGGGAUGACAUUAAAGGCCAAAGUAAAGAAGGUACAUGUUUCAACAUCGUCUUUUCGAUCACCAUACCAUGUGUGUGUGUGUCGACACAAUGUUACUAUGGAGAAAAAUUAGCAGGGAUUCCAGAGAGGUUUUAUUUUUGCUGCCUAUCGAUGUGGAAAUGGGAACAGAGCAUUUUCCAAGGUGUUUUAAGUCAAGAAGACACUUUUUUUUAGUAAUCUGUCAAUCCUCUCAAGAUCCCAAAAAUUCACCCAAGGUCAAAGUUGUGAUGCUCGUUUAAUAUGAACAUUUUAUUUAUUUAUAGUAGAUAUUUGUGAGGAACUAUAGGUUGUCAUUUAUUGAAAAGGUCAUGAUAGGUUGGUGGCAGUACAUUUUCUUUAUCUGGUCUAAAGAAAGGGGUUAUUUUAUUAUGUAUGGUUUGCAGAUACCUGGUCUAAAUUUGGCCCCAACUGGAUGAUCAUCAGACUCUCAAACCUGCCUCUCCACACAUCUUCACCAAAAUGGCUACAAAAGGAAAGAACCAGGAUGGUGUUAUUUCCCAGAAUUUAUGGUCCUGUGUUUCUUAAAACUUUCAGAAUUUUGUUCAUCUGUGGAUGAUUUAUACCUGACUUUUAAGACCUCUUAAAAACUGUUCUUUAAUGUUCCUACUGGAAAAGCCAGGCAAUGAAAAUGGGUAAACCUGCUUUUAGCAUACCUGCAAACAAACCCAUACCCCACUUGAACUAUUCCCUUGAUGCCUUUAAUGCUCCAGAACAUUUUAAUUUGAUAUUAACUUUUUUUUGUUUUUUUGUUGCUUUUUUUCCCCAACACUCCUUUUAAGUUUUUCUGCCUUUAGUUCUUUUUUCAGACUUUGCCAACAUAAAACAUGAAAUCUGUGAUUCUUCAGCAGAUGGUACGCAUGCAAUCUCCCAAACAGCCUGUGAAACCAUCAGCUGAACAGAAGUUUAUUUUUAUUUUUUUUCAUUCUGAAGGAAUUGUUUCAAACCAUUUUACCAAAGUCUGGAAUGUUCCUCAGGAUUGCGUUUUCUAUUGUUUUCUAUAAAUAAACUGCUUCAUCUUUAUUACA